AUGACAGCCGAUAUGGGUUCUCAGAACGAAUAUGACGAUAAUGGUCUCCCAGGUCCAGGGGCGCCCACCCCUCUCUCUGCUUUGGAGGGUGUCUCUGGGUUAACUACUAGAGAUAUCAAAUUGUUUGUCGACGCGGGGUUUAACACCGUCGAGUCUAUUGCAUACACGCCGAAGCGUGUCUUGGAACAGAUCAAGGGUAUCUCUGAGCAAAAAGCUACUAAAAUAUUGGUUGAAGCUUCAAAACUGGUCCCAAUGGGAUUUACGACGGCUACGGAAAUGCACGCCCGACGAAGUGAGCUCAUCUCAAUCACAACCGGAUCUAAGCAGUUGGACACUUUACUCGGAGGGGGGAUAGAAACCGGUUCGAUCACGGAGAUAUUUGGAGAGUUCAGGACGGGAAAGAGUCAAAUAUGUCACACCCUGGCGGUAACUUGCCAGUUACCAUUCGACAUGGGAGGAGGAGAGGGGAAGUGUCUGUAUAUCGACACGGAGGGAACCUUCCGGCCAGUGCGCUUACUGGCUGUUGCGCAAAGGUACGGGCUCGUUGGCGAAGAGGUUCUAGAUAACGUCGCCUACGCUCGAGCCUAUAACUCCGACCAUCAACUUCAGCUCCUGAAUCAGGCUUCCCAGAUGAUGUGCGAGACACGGUUCUCGCUUCUCAUCGUCGACUCCGCCACAUCUCUUUACCGGACAGAUUUCAAUGGCCGUGGAGAGCUGUCAUCCAGGCAAACCCACCUCGCUAAGUUUAUGCGUACCCUCCAGCGUCUGGCAGACGAGUUCGGCAUCGCCGUUGUCAUCACCAACCAAGUCGUGGCUCAAGUGGAUGGCGGACCGAGCGCUAUGUUUAACCCUGACCCCAAGAAGCCCAUUGGGGGCAACAUUAUUGCCCACGCUAGCACCACUAGAUUAAGUCUGAAGAAAGGACGGGGGGAGACGAGAGUGUGCAAGAUUUAUGACAGCCCGUGUCUCCCGGAAAGCGAUUGCUUGUUCGCGAUUAAUGAAGACGGAAUUGGCGAUCCCAGUCCUAAGGACAUGGAUAAUGAGUAA